AUGAGGCCACCCAUGGCUGUGAAAGCACAAGAGACGUCAGGGCAGGAUUUUUGGAAAAGCCGACCGACCUGUGUAAAUAUCCCUGUGAAAACCAGCAGAGGAGGAGGAGGCACUGCAGCUCUGAAAGGCCUGCCUGGGCUGGGCUGUAUUCCACCACAGGUUCCCAGGAACCAGGCCUGCACUGAGGACUUUGCUUUUUCUCCGGCAGAACAGCUGGCCUCCGCAGGCAAACGCUGCCCUUUUAGGAACACGCCUGUGAGGCAGGGCGAGAAGCAGCCGCUUCUGGAUUAUUCUGCGGUCGACGAAUCUACAGCCCUGGUUGAAGGCCCACUGGGAGAUGGGGGAAUUCCAGUAGUUGCCACUUGCACAAUACCUUACUGGUGCCCCAGCCUCUCCCCUUUGUCGCAUCUUCCCCACUGGCUGCAGAGAUGCGGUUUCCUUUGGUGCUAUGUUCUGUCAUUAGGGGAAACCUACAAACUGUUUUCUAUGAAAACUCAACCUUGA